GCGCACGGAUGAAGUUAAUGUUGAACCCUUAAUGAGCACAUCGUGAAUCUUCAUUACCGUAGGACCUUUUGGACAAGAUGCUCAAAUAGACAAAAGCUAAAUGAGUGGUGCGCCUCUGUUUGGUACAUUGACUUUGAGGAAUAUUCCCGCUACCCCAUUCUUCCCUCUCGCGGUGGUAAAUCCUGUUUCACGCUCGCCCAUGUCAAUUGAGAAAGUCGCAUUCCUCCAGCGUUACCCGGUAAGACCCACUCCAGCCAAUAGCCCAGCGGAAAACUGCGCACCACCGGGAUCGGUAAACACGUCGUGAGCUCUGAGCCUGCGAGACUCAUUUCUACUGACACCCGAUAAUUUACGAGAAAGAGGCGGUAAAUUUUGGAUUUUAUUGCGAGCAAAGUUCGGAUUUUACGAGCGUGAAGCUUUCACUGUCGUCCAUGGAGGGAGGAGGGAGUUGGAGAGUGAUAGCGGCUAUCGUCUUGAUUCAUUUCUUUGUAGAGGGCGUUCUGUCCGCGGCAUGUGAGAACCACAGUCCUCUGUGCGGGAAGAACCCAGGCUGGCCCACCACCGAGAUGUGCGCCACCAACUACGUCCGCGACAAGUGUCACCAGUUCUGCGGCAUCUGCUCUUGCCCGUCGCAGCCGGCCUGUCGGAACGGGGGUCGGCGGGGAGGCAACCCGGAGAACUACGGCAACAGGACGUGCGACUGUAACUGUGUGGGGCUGUGGAGCGGACAGACCUGCUCAGAAUGCCAGGCGAGAUGUUUGAAUGGCGGGACGUUGGACCGCGCAACCUGCACCUGUAAAUGUACACCUGGAUGGGACGGGGACCAGUGUCAAGACCCCUGCGUGGACAAGAGCUCACUCUGCGGAGCUAACCCGGGUUGGCCCACCCAAGACUCCUGCAAGACGAGUUACGUGAGGGACAACUGUCACGCCUUCUGUGGCGUCUGCCAGCAAAGUGCUGUAACUUCGGGAGGAUGUAAGAAAAUCUGUCGGAAUGGCGGGACGCUGUACCCAGAAUCCUGUGUGUGUGAGUGUGGGCCGGGGUGGAUGGGAGACCAGUGUUCCGAACCGUGUGAGAACAAGAGCCCGCUGUGCGGGGCGAGCCCGGGGUGGCCCACAACUGACCUGUGCUCCAACAACUACGUCAUGACCAACUGUCCACUCUUCUGUGGAAAAUGCGAAUGUCAGGAGUCCCCCAGGUGUCGGAACGGCGGUUACCGCGGGAACAACCCGUCCAAAUACGGCGACAGGAGCUGUGAGUGUAACUGUGCCGGGCUGUGGAGCGGACCCACGUGUGCAGAGUGCAGUGUGCGGUGUGCGAACGGCGGAAGACUGGACCGGUCCACCUGCACAUGUGCCUGCACACCUGGCUGGGACGGAGACCUCUGUGACAAGCCGUGCACGAACGCCAGCCCUCUGUGUGGCGCUAACCCAGGCUGGCCCACAGCAGACUCCUGUCGAUCAGACUACGUCGUCAACAACUGCCACCAGUUCUGUGGAGAGUGCAGCUGCCCCACCUACCCCGGGUGUCGGAACGGCGGAGUGCGGGGUGGAAACCCCAAGAACUACCUGAACAGCACCUGCGACUGUAACUGCGCGGGGAUGUGGAAGGGACCCACGUGCGAAGAAUGUAGAAUACAUUGUGAGCAUGGCGGGGUAGUGGACUUCACCACGUGUUCGUGCCUGUGCUCCCCCGGCUGGGACGGGCCACUCUGCACAGAGAGGUGCGAGGACAAACAUCCGUACUGCGGGGCCAAUCCAGGCUGGCCCACCGUGGAGUCGUGUAACACUGACUACGUACGGGAGAACUGCCACGCCUUCUGUGGGGUUUGCCAGGUCAGCAAGGGUAAGCCAAGCGGGUCCAUCUUGAAGCCCAAACCCACGAACAUACAAGGAGACGGCCCGGGCACGGUCAACUUUUGCAUCACCGCCCCCUGCCGGAACGGCGGGACCUGCAUCCCCAUGAAGACCGGGUUCCGCUGUAACUGUCCCCAGGCGUUUGAAGGGGCUCGUUGUGAGAUACGAACAGACUGCAAGUUUUCCUUCGACCUUGUGUUCCUGGUGGACGGGUCCACUAGUGUCGGUCCGAACGAGUUCGACAAGUCCAAGGCCUUCCUGCGGAACGUCAUCAACCAGUUCCAGAUCGGGCCAGACGCCACCAAGGUGGGUGUAAUCCAGUACAGCAGCACCGUGCGUGAGGAGUUCUCCCUGAACCGGUACCUGACCAAACAGGACGUCAUGCGCGCCAUCGACCGGAUCCCGUUCCUGGGCGGGUUCACCCGGACGGGGGAGGCCAUCACCUUCAUGAAACAGCACAGCCAGUUCCGCGGGAACGUCCCCAAGAUAGCCAUCGUCAUCACGGACGGCAGAGCGCAGGAUGACGUCAGCUACCCGUCCCAGAUGGCUCACGGCGCAGGCGUCAUCAUGUACGCCAUCAGCGUCGGCAGCGUCAACAUGAACGAGCUGAAGCUGAUCGCCAGCGCGGAGAGGUACAUCACCACGGUGUCAGACUUCGACGCGCUGUCAACACUCACACUCAGCCUCACCGAACAAAUCUGCCGUGGUGCUGCUGACACCUGUCAGGUGCCAGUGCUUCAGUUUGAGGACUGUCUGAGUGAAAUGUUGUCCAAAUGUUACUCCCUGGACGGACAUAACAGCAGGGUCGUCCGGGUCGAGUCAACAGGUAACGCCAACACCUGUGACAUCCCCAUACGGCAGUACGAGGAGUGCGCCAAGGAGGCCAUCUCCACAUGUAACCGUGUGCGCACGCGCGGGCGAGCCAACAGGGGGAAAAGGUCGGCGACGUUCGGCUCUGACGACGGAGACACGUCCAGAGGUGUGCCUGGACUGUCCGCCGUCGCCGCGGUGGGGGCCGUGGUCAUCCUGACGCUCGUCGGGCUCGGCGUCACGCACUGCCUCAAGAAACCCACAAGAACGGCGAAAUGAUUCCCGCCAGUGCUGACAACAGUUGUGCAUCGGCUCCAAACUUGUGUAGAAGACAGUUGAGUCUUGUCGAUCCUUUACAAGAAAGGUUCUUGUGUAGCCUGCACUCCCAGAUGUAUGUUCGACAGUCUGUGAAGAAUAUAUCCUACUUCUAAAACUUGGAACUUCACAUGCAGCUCUAGUAAGGGAUGAGGAAAGAUUUGAGGUAACGUGUAGCGUGUAUAUCUGAUGGAUCCGAUGAUAGAGAGAAAUGUUAUCUUAGCUGCACUUAUUUCAAAAGGGGCUUUCUGUAAGAACAUCAACAAGAAAUUACAAAAAAGAGUUUCGACAACCACCGAUCGGUUUUGAGUAUUUUUACAUACCCAUGUAGCUAUCUGCUGCAAUUUUACAAACGUCGUAACAUUGACAAUUCCGGCAGCUUGUCGUCAUGUGUUGUACUGAGAACCACAAGAACCACGAGACUGCGUCUUCUGAAGCAUGCAGCGACCGUUUUCGUCUUUCUGAACUAGUCCACUACAGGGUACCCAAGUAAUACACAAUGUCCAAUUAGGUAUGACGACGAGCUUUGGUUAGGUGAGAUGGCCAAAAAGUCGUUAGUUUUUCGUGAGAAAUGAUUGGAUGUGUUUACAUUAGCUUGAACCGUUUUGUGCCGAGGUUGCCUCGAAUUAAGCUCUGAUUGGGUGAAUAAAAAAGAAACUUUAUUUUUGAAAAGGCGAGAGACGUCGACAGUUAGCUGAGAGAAAAAACUUUCUUACAUUGAAUUACAACUAUGUCUAAAUGUUAUAAGACUUACUAAACGUUGGUGGCAAUGCUUGUUUAUUGCAUGAGAGACAAUGUAUACUAGUCCUAAUUGAUAAGUUAACCACAGUACAUAAACAUGAUAUAUAGGGAGAUACCAGUACUUGAUAGUGUUGUAGAGAAGCCAACGUAGAGUUUGGUUCUGUGUUACGUGACCACACUACAUUCCUAACCAAUAAGUUGUACAAAUAACACAGGAAAAAUAUUAUAAUGGCAAUAAGUAACAAUAUACAAUUAUUAGAAAGUAUAUACAUGUACAACAUAGUGUGGAAUGCUAGUCCUUAAAACUACUGUCCAAUUUAUCAUCAUAUUUUUCAUACAGAAAUCUUUUGAGUACAUGCACAACUUUAGUACUAACAAUACUCAUACUGUAGGAACAUUCAAGGAUUGUCCAAAAUAUCAGAUUUGAUGCAUGUAUGUUUGUAAUGUUCAAUUAAAGUGACUUCUAGUGAAUGCUCUGUAUUCUUUUCUUCUGAAGUUUUGUCAGAAAUUUUAUAUCGAGCACUGUCCAUCGGACUAUAGAAGUAUAUAUGUUUUGAUAUUAGUGUUGCCACCACCACCAAUUUCACACACAAUGUGAACAUCAUGGUCCAAUCCUGUUAAUGUCACUAUAUCAUCUGUCACUAGAUGUAUCAGGAAGAGCGUGGUUAAAUGUAUUGAGGUCUAGUGUGUUUUAUUUUCUAUAUCUUGACACACUGUAUCUCUGAACAAUAGGUCUUACUUUGUCCUCAUAGAUUCAUUCAGUCAAUGCAUCGCCACCCAAGUUGUUUGAACAAACGUUUUAUUUACAAGAGUAAAAAAAAACUAUGAUACACUUUGCAACAGUUAGUCAUGGUUGUAGAAAGUAAAACCAUGCGUCCCGCACAUGAUGGAGAAACAAACCUUACGUUUCGGUUUUGCAUAGUGAAAAUUACAGCGGAAGAUAAAAAGACGACUACAAAUAACCUUACAUGUUACACA